AUGUCCACGUGCCGCUCAUCCUCACUCAUAAGCUGGGGCAAAAGCAGCCUCGCCAGGCUUGCCCCUCUCAACAGCACCCAGUUCGCAGCUGCCCCUCGCCGAUUCUAUGCGGUCGCCUCCGGAGCAACUCGAUUCCAAGUCUUUGAUCGAAGGGUUAAAUGGCUUCAGAAGGAGCGCUCAGCUUCCAAUGAGGAAGAGAGUCGUCAGGCAGACUAUCUGAAGGACGAAGUAGCCAUACGGCUCACGGAGAGACUUCUUGAUAUCAAACGGCACUUCCCCAAGGUUCUCGACCUCGGCGCCAAUUCAUGCAAUGUCGCAAAAGCCUUGACGCGCGAGAAUCCCGAUCCCGAUCCAAACACGCCACUGUCACCAUCGCUGUCGGACCGCAUCGGCGAGCUCAUCGCAACCGAUUCCUCCGAGGCCAGGCUCUACCGAGAUGCCAGCCACGAUUUCAACAAGAAGAUUGCCAUUACCCGCCAAGUCGUCGAAGAUGAAGAGACUGUAUCGUUUGAGCCCGAGUCGUUUGAUCUUGUGCUGAGCUCCCUGAGCUUGCACUGGAUCAACGACCUCCCCGGCGUGCUGUCCCAGAUCAACAACAUCCUCAGGCCAGACUGCCCCUUUAUCGGCGCAAUGCUUGGAGGCGAUACGCUGUUUGAGCUUCGGACGUCACUACAGCUGGCGGAGCAGGAACGGAGAGGCGGCAUGUCCCCCCACGUCUCGCCGCUGGCUGACGUGCGUGAUGUCGGCGGCCUGCUGCAGAAAGCAGGCUUCAAGAUGCUGACUGUAGACGUCGACGACAUCAUUGUCGACUACCCCGAUACAUUUGCCCUUAUGCAGGAUCUUCAGGCCAUGGGCGAGAGCAACGCCAUUCUAAACCGCGAGAUGGGACCUAUCCGGAGAGAUGUUCUGCUUGCCAACGACGCCAUAUAUCGGGCCCUGCAUGGUAACCCCGACGGAUCAAUUCCUGCCACCUUUAGAAUUAUAUACAUGAUUGGUUGGCGUGAGGGCGAGAACCAGCCGAAGCCGCUUGCAAGAGGAAGUGGAGAGACGAAUCUAAAAGACAUUCUGGAAAAGAAGGAGUAG